ACACUGGCCAUGGGCUGGCCUUGGCCAGGCUUCCGUCCACCAAGGGGAAUCCAGGCCUUGGUUUGGCUCCAGCUGGGCCUUCCCAUUGUUGACUUAGAUCUGAGUGAUUCAGAUCCUCAUCAGGGUCGCCCCUGACAACUCCAGUGGGUGGGAGAGUGACCCACUCCUCCCAUCUGGGGCGCCAGCACGGGGAGGCCCAGGAGAAGCUCCCCUCAGCUCCUGAUGUGACUCCCCCCACUGGCUGGAUGCUCCAAGCAUGGCCGACACCAUCUUUGGCAGCGGGAGCGACCAGUGGGUCUGCCCCAAUGAUCGGCAGCUUGCCCUGCGAGCCAAGCUGCAGACGGGCUGGUCCGUGCACACCUACCAGACAGAGAAGCAGAGGAAGAGCCAGUGCCUCAGCCCAGCGGAGGUGGAGGCCAUCCUGCAGGUCAUCCAGAGGGCCGAGCAGCUCGAUGUCAUGGAGCAGCAGAGGAUCGGGCGGCUGGUGGAGCGGCUGGACACCAUGAGGCGCAACGUGAUGGGGAACGGCCUCUCCCAGUGUCUGCUGUGUGGGGAGGUGCCAGGCUUCCUGGGCGGCUCGUCGGUGUUCUGCAAGGACUGCAGGAAGAAAGUCUGCACCAAAUGUGGGAUCGAGGCCUCCCCUGGCCAGAAGCGGCCCCUGUGGCUGUGUAAGAUCUGCAGUGAGCAGAGAGAGGUCUGGAAGAGGUCAGGGGCCUGGUUCUACAAAGGGCUGCCCAAGUACAUCCUGCCCCUGAAGACCCCCGGCCGGGCCGAUGACCCCCACUUACGACCUUUGCCUGUGGAGCCAGCGGAGCAAGAGCCCAGAAGCACGGAGACCAGUCGAGUCUACACGUGGGCCCGUGGGAGAGUGGUUUCCAGUGAUAGUGACAGCGACUCGGACCUCAGCUCCUCCAGCCUGGAGGACAGACUCCCGCCCACGGGGGACAGAGACCUGAAAGGCGACAAGUCCUGCAGGGAGUCCGGUGGCAGCAUGGAGCCCCCCAAGGUGGAGCUUGCCCGCCCACCCAGCCACCUGUCAGGGAGCCAGAGCAGCCUGGCCAGUGAGACUGGGACCAGCUCUGGGGACCCACAGAGGGGCACCCCUCCCUGGCCCGACCCAAAGGGCCCCGGCAAAAGGCACACCCGGACGAGCCCCCGGUGUUGACGUGGCCUCCAGUGCCCUCCCUGGGCAGAGGCCUGUCUGGUGCGUGGAGCGCGCUUUGCAGGUGGAAGAGGUUGAGCGAGAAAGAGCGCGUGCACGCCAGAGCCACACUCGUCCUGGCCCCUUCCGGACCAGUCCAGGAGGCCUCCCACCCAACCCCGUGGGACGUGACCCCGAGUCAACAAACCAGUGGGCUAAGUCCGCUGCCCCCACUCAGUGCCUUUCUGCACCGCUUCUCUCCCGCAAGCCCUUCUCACCGCCCACCCAGCCACUCCACUCAGCCGUAACCUUUAUUUAUUGUCCUCCCCGGGCCCCUCCUCAGUCUCACCCCCCCGCCGCCCCCCCCCCCCCGCCCCAUGUGUAUUUCAAGUUGGCCCUGGUCUUGGGUUGGGCUAGAAGGGCCUUCAGACCCCCUGGCAGGGCCCCCCAUGUGCACUGCAGUUUCAGAGGGCUCUGUGCAGGCUUUCUCUGUGUUUGUGCUAAAAUGGAAGAAGAAGCCCAGUCCUGAGCAUUACCCUUCAAAGCUGAGCUGGGCCCCUGGAGAGAGCAGCGAAGCCCAGAGCAGGUGGGAGGAGACUCGCCCGCCCUUUCCCUCCGCCUGUAGCUCAGGGAGCUGAGAGCAGCAGCACCCACCCCUCCCUCUCUCCCUCCCCUUGGCCCAGGAGCCUUGGUGGGAACCUGGCUUUCUGUCCUUUCUUCGAGCCCUUCCCUCCGCCUCCCUGCUUCUCUCUGCCUCUCCCCUGCCUGUGGAGCUGAGCAGGGCUCUGGUGAAGAGUGAAUUCGCUCACUGGAGAGCAGCCCUGGGCCCAGUCCCAGCUGGGGCCCGAAGGCUCCCCUACGCUAUUAAUUCACUUCUCUUCAGUGGGUUCAGUUUGGCUUGAAAAAUACGUAAUUCAGAGCACAGACAAAUGCUCCUGGAAAACCCUUCCCUGAAGAGAGAGUAAAUGUGUGUUUCUGUGUGUGGUUGUCCGGACCCACCCAUCCUUCCUCUCCGCCCCCAGUGCCCCCACGCCCAGUCCUCCAGGCCCUCAGGCCCCCGCCGUUGGCUUUUGCACCAUUACUACUGGCAGAUGGUAAAAAAAAAAAAAAAAACUCACUGCUUCCCAGUGACAAGUUAGCCUCAGAAUGAAAAUAAAGAUAGGAUUUGUGUGGAGCCAGUGUGUUCACCAGAGGGCCACACUCGCUUGCGCCUCCGACCUGCGUCAGGAGAGAGACGGAGGGAGUGGUGGCGCGCUGACUGCUGGGAGACGUCCUGGGCUGCGGGGACGGGGCGAGCUGGGCCGUGUGUGUGAGGAGCUUACAUACCUAACGCCGAGUGGGAAAAGCAAGCCAUCUAUGUUAAAAAAAAGUAUACAUACAAAUAAUCAAAGUGAGUCAUACAAACUUAUAUGUACAUAUGUAAAAAUGUUCGUAAAACGAACAAGGACUUCUGGGAAGUAUGGUGGGCUGAACCAUAUUUUCUCUGCCCCCAAACUCCCGGUAAAAUGCAUAAAGGAAUGAAAAUGGCAUUGACUGCAACAAUGAAAAGAUAGGAGAGGAAAUGGCAGCACAUAAGAAACACCUGGCCCUGGCCAGGCAGCUCCGUUGGUCAGAGGGUUGUCCCAGUACGCCAAGGUUGCAGGUUCGACACGCAGUCAGGGCACAUACAAGAAUCAGCCAGAGAGUGGAUGUCUCUCUCUGUCUGCUCCUCUCUCUCUCUCAAAUCAAUAAAUAAAAACUUUAAAAAAAGAAAGGUCUGAAAAUUUGAGAGACAGUAUAACUUGUUCAGUGCCUGCUCUCACUGCUUGCCAAAAUGUCUGCCAGAGAGAAAGCCAGCCGUGAACAAGCCAGUUGCUCUGCAGCAUCCGCCAAAUGCUUAGAGCUGGGAGGGGCCCAGUGUCCCUCGGGUGGAAGUUCAGGAUGCAUGUGAAAACAGUAUUGCUUGGAAGAAGAGGUUAGACCCCCAAGUCCCUUCUCCCAGCCCCCACAGCCUGCAGCUGCCCUGCCUUUCCAGGACCCUGGCGGAAGACAGGUUUACAGCUGGCCAGGGUGGGACUAGAAAGUCUGGAUUGGCACCCCAACCCAGCCAGAGACGGAGGCAAGGCUGUGGCUAAUGGGGGACACCCUCAGCACCCUCCCCCGGCUCACACCCAGUAUAGGCACCCUGCCGUGCCUAUACUCCAAGGCACGACAUGUCUGUCUAGGAAACUGACCGAAGAGAAAAGCUGGACAGAGCCUGACGUGGGUGAUGCCCCGGUCUCUGCCCAGCCGCCACAGGGAGACCCCGGGCACCAGCCCUGCCCCCGUGGACAGAGCUUCCCGUGAGCUUCGCUACACUGCACUCAGUGGGAGCAGCCGAGGGCACCAGCAGGGACCAAACCAACAACCAAAAUACAGAGACCCCACCAUACAGAAGAAAGGGGUCGAGUACAACCCUCUGCAAAUACUCACCCACGAAUAGGAAAAAUAAUGUUAUUUUUCAAAGGAAGUAUUAAAGCUCUUAAAAUAUA